AUGAUGGACAAUGCAUCCAUAAAUACAAGCUCCGCCCGCACCGUCUUCCCUCAAGGCCCCAGUUUCACCCUCGAGGACUUCUCCAGUCGGGACUUCAUUGUCAAGGAGUUUAUUGAAUCCCUCUCCGAUGCUGCGAUAUCCAGCCGUCGCUCACUGGCCGGUCUCGCGGGCGCUGCCAACCAACCCUUCGAUCCUAAACCCCUCAUCCGCACCUUCGAAAGCGCCCAACGUCGCCUGAGCGAGCUUUCCGGAGACCUCGAGCUCCGCGAGAAUGAACUUUCAGCAGCUGUCCGACGAGCAGAAGCGCAACACGGCCAGAACCUCAACACUCUCGGCCAGAAGCUCCGCCACACCAUCGAAAACUUUCAACAGCUUGACACGUCUCUAAAUGGCCCCGGCCGCGAGAAUCCAGCAGGGACGGGGAACAUGGCAGUGGAGACAGGAAAACGCUUAGAGGAGCUAGACCGACAACGGCGACGAGCUCUGGAUGCCCAUUUUCUCAUCCAAUGCUGGGACGGCGUGUGCAACCGGGGCGAGAUCUCGCUAUUAGAGAGCCUGCGGCGAUCUGGCACGGGAGAGGCCAAGGUGCGCUCCGCACAUAUUGCGCGCCAGCUGCUGCGUAUUAGUCAACGACUAGAUCCGCAGAGCUGGCAAGAACAUCGAGCUCGCCCCAAUGGUGGAUACGGAAAUAGCUCCUCGUCUGAGGAUCUCAGCGAGAGCAGCACGCCGCGGCGGAACACGCGAGAGAUUAUUGAGAAGUUUUCUGAGACGCUAGAGAAGGAUUUGCUGAAGCAGUUUGACGAUUUCUACCGCAAGGCUAACUUCGAUGGUAUGAGGGAUUGCGCGACUGUGUUGCAAGAUUUCAAUGGCGGUGCUAGUGUUAUUGCCUUGUUCGUCAACCAGCAUCAGUUCUUCAUCGAACGCAGCCAGCUGGUAACGGAGGAAGUCGGAGGCGAUCCGGAAUCGUGGGAAAAGCUGGCUGAUCCGGACGCGGAGCUUCCUGGUGUUGAAUCCAGUCUCCAGUCGUUGAUCGAUGAAGUCAAGGUUGUGGUUCAGGACGAGUCUGCUAUUAUUCGGCGGGCCUUCCCCUACUACGAGCAAGUCCUGGGCAAGUUCUUACAGCGGGUCUUCCAGCAGUCUAUCCAGCAGCGCCUGGAAAUGGUGCUGGAGAAAGCAGCCGGGUAUCAGCAGCUGGAGGAGCUUUUUGUUCCUUAUUUCGUUGGAUCGUCUUACAUCGAACGCGAGAAGCGGACGUUAGAAGAACUUUUCAAUGCGGUCUUGUUCAAGUUCACCUCUUACCAUGCCCGGCGCAAGAAGGCGGCAACAACCUUCAUGGCCUCGUUAUCCCGGGCUGGGUCAGAACUCCUGUCGACUACACGCGAUGCAUUUAUCAGCCGGUUAGACUCACCAGAGGUCUCACCUAUCCAGCGAAAAGUCCUGCUCAGCGUGGCCAACAUAGGCGAUACGCUGGAGACAACUCGGUUGACCGAAAUCAAGCUCACAGAAGAAGAUGGACAACCCAAUCUCAGCGACGCUAAGCGGAUGCUCAAGUGGCUGGCUGAAGCCGUGGGCCGAGGACUCGAGCUCAGUGUCAACAGCGACACACCUAAAGAUGUCUCCGCCUUGCUCAACCUGCUUCUCCUCGCGAUGGGAGAGGGAUACGUGGAUGCUGAGCCCGACUUUUCCUACCUCUUCUCAGCUCGCACUACGAUUAGUAUUACCACAUUGAUGGUGAUGUGCAUCCAUGCGGUCCUUCUCCCUCUAUCAGCCGCGAGCAUCACCACUCGCCGGGAUAUGGAAAAGCGCACCAGUCAAACCACCUCGCGCAUCGAGGACAAAAUCAACACUAUCGAGCAGAAAACCAUUGACGCCACAUUCGCUUGGGUCAGCAGAUUGCUAUCUGGCCAGAAGAAGAACGACUUCCGGCCUAGGGAGAGUGAUAACACCGCAUGGUUAGAGAUGCUACACACUCCAACCUGUGCAUCAAUCACCUCAUUCCUAACUCGUCUCCACAACAUCGCGCGCACCUCCCUCCCAUCCAGCGGCGCCAACGUGCGCCAAGUGCUGACCGAGAUAGCACUCGGAAUCCGCGGUCUCCUCCUCGAGCACUUCAAACGGUUCUCCGUCAGUGGACCUGGCGGGCUAAUGGUAACCAAAGACAUGACACAGUAUGCAGACCUCUUCAGAUCCUGGGACAUUGACGAGGAAACCAAAGGUCCCGGUGGCGCGCUGGACGUGCUACUGGAAGUUGGUAGUCUAUUCGUGAUCGGCCCCGAGGCUCUCCGCGAAAGAAUCCGCGGUGGUGCUGCCAGUGGCACGACUGGCGGACCUGGGGGCCCGGGACGCAAUCCUACCCAGGAGGGUAAAUUGAGUGUGCAGGAGGUGCGGGCUUAUGUCUCGCGUCGCGAAGACUCCAAUACUUUUGCUAUGCAGCAGGUUCUUAAUGCAUUGUAA